CUGUCGUGGCUGGGGAUGCAGAGGGGUCUUGGUGUCAGGACUUGAGCACACCUUGCUUGACCCCUUGGCCAUCUCGUGGGUGGCCUGGUGUAGCAGGGGCGUGGCCCCACCAGCUCCGACUCUCCACCCCCCAGAUGCUGCCCAUCACCGACCAACUCCUGCAGCUCCUGGGGCUGCAGAGGACCGCGUUCCGCGUGUACGCCGUCUCCGCGCUCCUGCUCUCCGGGCUCUUCUUCCUCUUCCGCCUGCUGCUGCAGCUCUGGCGCCUCUGCUGGGGCUUCCACGUCACCUGCCGCCGGCUGCGCUGCUUCCCCCAGCCGCCCCGGCGCAACUGGCUGCUGGGCCACCUGGGUAUGUACCUUCCAAACGAGUCGGGUCUUCAGGACGAGAAGAAGGUGUUGGACAGCAUGCACCAUGUGGUCCUGGUGUGGAUCGGACCCGUCCUGCCGCUCUUGGUUCUUGUGCACCCUGAUUACAUCAAGCCCCUGGUGGGCGCCUCAGCUGCCAUUGCUCCCAAGGACGACCUUUUCUACAGCUUCCUGAAACCUUGGCUAGGGGACGGGCUUCUGCUCAGCAAAGGCGACAAGUGGAGCCGUCACCGCCGCCUGCUGACGCCUGCCUUCCACUUCGACAUCCUGAAGCCCUACAUGAAGAUUUUCAACCAGUGCACCAAUGUCAUGCACGCUAAAUGGCGGAGGACUCUGGCAGAAGGCUCGGUGGCCUCCUUUGACAUGUUUGAGCACAUCAGCCUCAUGACCCUGGACAGUCUUCAGAAAUGUGUGUUCAGUUACAACAGCGACUGCCAGGAGAAGAUGAGCGAUUAUAUAUCGGCCAUCAUUGAGCUGAGCGCGCUGGUCGUCAGGCGCCAGUACCGCCUGCAUCACCACCUCGACUUCAUCUACUACCUCACAGCGGACGGGCGGCGCUUCCGCCAGGCCUGCGACACCGUGCACCGCUUCACCACCGAAGUCAUCCAGGAGCGGAGGCAGGCGCUGCGCCACCAGGGGGCCGAGGCCUGGCUGAAGGCCAAGCAGGGCAAGACCUUGGACUUCAUCGAUGUGCUGCUCCUGGCCAGGGAUGAAGAUGGAAAGGAAUUGUCAGAUGAGGACAUCCGAGCUGAGGCAGACACCUUCAUGUUUGAGGGUCACGACACAACAUCCAGUGGGCUCUCUUGGGUGCUGUUCAACUUGGCAAAGUACCCAGAAUACCAGGAGAAGUGCCGGGAAGAGAUCCAGGAAGUCAUGAAAGGCCGGGAGCUGGAGGAACUGGAGUGGAUGCCGCAGCUGAGCCUGUCCUGGCUGGGACUGGGGCCCUGGGCAGCCUCUCCUUGGCAACUCCUGCUGUUGGCCGGGGCCUCCUGGUUCCUGGCCCGCAUCCUGACCAAGAUCUACACUUUCUAUGACAACUGCUACCACCUCCGAUGCUUCCCACAGCCCCCCAGACGGAACUGGUUUUGGGGUCACCUAGGCCUGGCCCAGAACAAUGAAGAAGGCAUGCGGCUGGUGGAGGAGCUGGGCCACUGCUUCCGUGAUGUCCACCUCUGGUGGGUCGGGCCCCUCUACCCCGUCCUGCGGCUUGUCCACCCUAAGUUCGUUGCCCCCCUGCUCCAGGCCCCAGCUAUGGUUGUACCCAAGGAAAUGGCUUUCUAUGGCUACCUGAGACCCUGGCUGGGGGAUGGGCUCUUGCUGAGUGCCGGUGACAAGUGGAGCCACCGCCGGCGCCUGCUGACACCUGCCUUCCACUUCAACAUCCUGAAGCCCUACAUGAAGAUUUUCAACCAGAGUGUGGACAUCAUGCAUGCCAAGUGGCAACGACUGAUCUCAGAGGGCAGUGCCCGUCUGGACAUGUUUGAGCACAUCAGCCUCAUGACCUUGGACAGUCUGCAGAAAUGCGUCUUCAGCUUCGACAGCAAUUGUCAGGAGCAGCCCAGUGAAUAUAUUGCCGCCAUCUUGGAGCUCAGUGCCCUCGUAACCAAACGGCACCACCAGAUCUUCCUGUACUGGGACUUCCUGUACUACCUCACUCCUGAUGGGCGCCGCUUCCGCAGGGCGUGCGACCUGGUGCACGACUUCACAGAUGCGGUCAUCCAGGAGCGGCGCUGCACUCUGGCUGCCCAGGAUGUUGAUGAUUUCCUCAAGGCCAAGGCCAAGUCUAAGACUGUGGACUUUAUUGAUUUGCUCCUGCUGUCCAAGGAUGAAAAUGGGAAGAAGUUGUCAGAUGAGGACAUACGAGCGGAGGCUGACACCUUUAUGUUUGGAGGCCAUGACACCACGGCCAGUGGUCUCUCCUGGGCCCUGUACAACCUGGCAAGGCACCCGGAAUACCAGGAGCGCUGCCGGAAGGAGGUGCAAGACCUGCUGAGGGACCGUGAUCCUAAGGAGAUUGAGUGGGACGACCUGGCCCAGUUGCCCUUCCUGACCAUGUGCAUCAAGGAGAGUCUGCGGUUGCACCCCCCAGUCACAAUCAUCUCCCGCUGCUGUACCCAGGACGUUGCCCUCCCCGACGGCCGGGUCAUCCCCAAAGGGAACGUCUGUGCUAUCAGCAUCUUUGGGAUCCAUCACAAUCCAUCUGUCUGGCCAGAUCCUGAGGUCUAUGACCCCUCGCGCUUCGACCCAGACAGCCCCCAGAAGAGGUCACCUCUGGCUUUUAUUCCCUUCUCGGCGGGGCCCAGGAACUGCAUCGGGCAGACGUUCGCCAUGAACGAGAUGAAGGUGGGGCUGGCGCUGACGCUGCUGCGCUUCCGCGUCCUGCCCGACGACACCGAGCCGCGCAGGAAGCCCGAGCUGAUCCUGCGCGCCGAGGGCGGGCUCUGGCUGCGCCUGGAGCCGCUGAGCGCGGGUGCCGAGUGACCUUCAGAGAGCUGUCCUGGGACACAACACCCGCCCACCCACCUUUGCAGAUUCCCGGGAAUAAGAUGGUGAUCACCUGUGCUUGAACUUUACCGAGCGCCAGCAGGGGGCGCAGGGGGACAGAGGUUCUCCCGUUGCUCAAAUAUGGAUUUCAUCGUGUGGCCCAAAGGCAACCAUGGGAGGUGUUUGAGCAGGAGAGGAACCAGGAUUGAAGGCCGUGUUGAGACUCUUGUAAUGCAGGCAAUUAAUAGUACUAACAUUUCUGCCAUCCUGACCUUUAUUCUGAUCUUCUUAAUACACCCAAUCUUUUCUCACCUCAGGAUUUUUACUGUUUCUAUGGUUACUAAAUUACUAUGUUUAUUAAACCUAACAAGCCUGGUUGUUUUACAGUGUGUCUGAUCAUUGUGGUAUCUGUGCAUCUAUUACAUUGCCUGUCAUUUUUGCUGAUUUUCACUCAUGGGGGCCCUGAUUUUUGUGUUCCUGCUUAUCUUCGCCUGGGUAUUUGCUAACAGAUUUGAAAGAAUAUUUGUAGAAUUUGAAAAAGGCAGUUUUCGGUAGAGGUGUCCUUGGAGCCCUUGUGCUUGAGGAUUAUGUUAAACCAAGUUCCGGGCUUGUGGUGCCCAAGGUCACUGAGGCCAUUUAAACACAAGCUGACCAAACACUUGUGUGGCUUCUUGGCUUCAAUUUGCUCUCUCCCAGGGAGAUGUAGAUCAUUAAGGUUCUUAUGUGAGAAGAACCUUCUUAAAAAUUCUCCUUCUUGUA